AAAAUUGUCACUUAAUUGCUAAAUAAUAAAGUUGAUGAGUUGCAACAAGUAGAAUGGAUCAACCAGAGACAAUCACUAAUCCAUGCUGUUAUGAUGAAGCUAAUUUCCUAUCAAAGAUUUUUUUCUGACCAAUAUUAAAUUAAAGGUGGAACUUUAACCUAAUUCGAAUUGGCUUGAAACGUGAACCGACUAAAGAUGAUUUAUAUAAAUGUCCUAGUGCCGACGAGUCGUUUAAAACGACAACUCAACUCGAAAAAAAUUGGGAGCAUGAGAUUCGUUAUGCUAAAUCGAAGGACAAAGACCCAAGUUUACUUAAAGCGAUCAUUAAAACUCAUGGAUUGACGACAAUAGUUCACGGAAUUUUAUUAACGAUCAAUGUGAUUAAUCGAUUAGAUCUAUGGCAUUAAUCGUAGAUUUGCUGAAAAUUUUUCUUUUAAUCAUUCAGGAUACAUUGAAUUUGGUGCAAACUUUUCUCCUUGGAUUUAUUGUUCGAUACUAUUCGACUGAUAAUUAUACUAAUGUGACCUACAGGCAAUGCUGCUUUUACUCUUUCGGCUUAGUACUCGCUAUCCUAGGCUAUGGUGUACUUCGUCAUCAGCUGUUUCUAUCAACUUCGAGACAAGGACUUAGAAUGAGAACUGCACUCACAGCAUUAGUUUACAAAAAGCUGUUAUCAAUGAGCCGAGCGGCCUCAACGAAAACUGAUAUUGGUUAUAUGCUGAAUUUGAUAUCAAAUGAUCUUUCACGUUUCAAUGAUUUAAUGUUUAGUGUUAUUUACAUUGUCUUGGGACCGUUAAUUGCGACUGCAGUUUUGCUUUACAUGAUUUACCUUCUUGGAGUUGCGAGCCUUGGAUUAGUUUUUGUACUUUUGUUUCUGAUGCCGUUUCAAGUGCUCUGUGGAAAAUAUUCUGAUAAGUUUAGAGGGAAAACUGCACUUAUAUCGGAAAAACGAAUAAAAUCUAUGGAGGAAAUGAUUUCAUCGAUAAAAAUUAUCAAAAUGUUCACAUGGGAGCAAUCGUUUGCUGAAAUUGUCUCAAUUAUAAGAAAAAAAGAAAUGGAGCUAAUUGGUAAAUCAGCGCUUCUCAAACUUUUGAACAUUAUGGCUCAUGCAUCGGCUACGAGAAUUAUGAUAUUUUCAUGUCUUGUAUUGCAUGUUCUUCUUGGUCGACCCUUGACACCAGAAUUAGCAUUUGUUACAGUAUCUUUAUGUAAUUCACUGAGAGCAGCGAUCACCUAUCAUAUUAAUAAAGGAGUUGGACUUUUUUUUGAAACACUAGUUUCAAUAAGAAGAACUCAGGAAUUUCUUCUGAUAGAUGACACUGAAAGUAUAAGUCAACCAACUAACUGUAUCAUUAAUGAAAUACAUCCAAAAGGUUCGGUAAUUCUUGAUAAAUAUGGUGGUAAAUGGGAUAAAAACUUAAAUAUUGACCAUUUGAAAGAUGUGUCAUUGAAAUUGGAGCCUGGUGAAUUAUUACUGGUCAUUGGUACGGUUGGUUCAUCCAAAACAUGCUUAAUGAUGGCUCUUCUUGAUGAGAUUGUAACCGUAUCAGGAUCGUGUAUUGUUUCUGGAAAAAAAUCUUAUUCACCUCAAGAAUCAUGGACAUUUGCUGGGACCAUAAGACAGAACAUUUUAUUUGGUCGAGAUUAUAAUGAGAAAAGAUAUCGAAAAGUAAUUGACGUUUGCUCAUUGAGAAAAGACCUAAAAUCAUUUCCAUAUGGAGACAAUACUUGGGUUGGAGAGAAAGGUUAUACUCUUAGUGGCGGUCAGAAAGCAAGAGUCACUCUCGCAAGAGCAGUUUAUGAAGAUGCAGAUGUUUAUCUUCUUGAUGAUCCAUUAAGUGCCGUUGAUCCUGGAGUAGCUGAACAUCUUUUCGAUAAAUGCAUCAAUGGUUAUCUCAAAGAAAAAACAAGAGUCUUGAUUACUCAUCAAUUACAAUUCUUAAAGCGAGCAGAUAAAAUACUCAUCAUGAAUGAAGGUCAAGCAUUGGCUUUUGGUACAUUCAAGGAGUUGAAUAAUAUUGGAAUAGAUUUCAUCAAGUUUCUUAAAGAAUCAAAUGAAAUUGAAACGAAUAAUCAGAAAUCAGAGGAAAUGUUAUCGAUUGAUGAACUUUAUGGAUUACCAACACCAUCACGAUUAACCAAAACACAAUCGAAAACAUUGACACAAGUUAAUUCCUUACAAUUUAUGGAUCCAUUAGAUGAAAUUUCGAUCAUUGAGAAACAAAUGGAACAACGUGAAGAAAAAAUCUCAUUUGGUUCUCUUAAAGGUCGAGUUUAUUUGGAUUAUCUUUUAGCUGGUGGAAACUUAAUAUUCAUCAGUAUUUUCCUAAUAACAUCAUUCGCAUCUCAAGGAAUCAUAAAUUAUGUCGAUCUUUGGUUAUCUAAUUGGUCAGAUGAGUCGCUUUUAUUAUCACAAUCAUUCAAUGAAACAUUGGAUGGAAUGAGUUUCAAAGAAUAUUCUAAACCUUUUGUUACAAGAAAUGGUUUAAUCUAUUUGGGAUUAAUUAUAUUUUUAUUAAUUGGAGUUUUUAUUAGACUUGGAAUGAACUAUCGAAUUUGUUUGAAAGCUUCUGAAACUUUACACAAUAGAAUAUUCAGUAAAUUGUUACGAACACCAUUAAGUUUCUUUGAAAAUAAUCCUGUGGGUCGGAUAUUAAACAGGUUCACUCGUGAUGUCGGAAUCAUUGACGCAAUCAUCCCAACGGAAAUCGUUUAUUGUAAUGUGGAUCUAUUGGAAACCAUUGGCCUUAUAACUGUAACAUCAAUAAUUCUACCCGUCGUCAUUAUACUCGCAGUUGCCAUUGCUUUUAUUACUGUGUUCGUAAGGCAAAUAUAUACAAGAUUAGCACGAUACAUCUUUAGAGUUGAAGGGCAAACCAGGUCACCAAUCUAUAAUCAAAUCGCUUCAACAUACGAAGGUUUAGUUACAAUAAGGACAUUCAGCUAUGAGUCUCGAUACAUGAAACAAUUUUAUCACCAUUUAAAUGACAAUAAUGCUUGUAUAUUCAUGAAUUUUGGUGCGAGUCGAACUAUCGGAAUGAUACUUGAUUUGGUUAUGGUUAUGUUAAUGAUCAUAAUAAUGACCACUGUUUUAACUUUUGAUACAAAGUUUGGUGGCGGGGACAUUGGAUUAAUUAUAUCAACGAUGAUUUCUCUUUUUGGGACACUUCAAUAUGCCGUUAAAUCAACAGCUGAACUUGAGACAUAUAUGAUAGCAGUCGAAAGAGUCCUCGAGUAUGGUGAUUUACCUUCUGAACCUUCAUGGAAAACUGUCAAGUCUAACUUGUUACCUUCAAUAUGGCCUGAUGUUGGAAACAUUAAGUUUGAUAGCGUUUACUUUACCUAUCCAGGAUCAGUUAGUCCAGUUUUGAAAAAUUUAACUUUCGAUAUUAAAGGAGGAGAAAAGAUUGGUAUUGUUGGUCGAACUGGUGCCGGAAAAAGUUCAUUAAUAUCAGUGUUGUUUCGAUUGUCAGAGUUUCAAGGAAAUGUUCUAAUUGACGGUAUUGACAUUCAACAACUUGGUUUACAUGAUUUACGAAAGAAAAUAUCCAUAAUACCACAAGAUCCACUUCUUUUUACUGGAACAAUUCGUAGUAAUCUUGAUCCAUUAAGUGAACAAUCAGAUGAAUCCAUUUGGUCAACCCUUAAAGCCGUAAAUCUUUCACGGACAAUCGAGUCUAUGCCUGGUGGAUUAGAUGCAAUAGUAACUCAAGGUGGAUCUAAUUUAAGUUUAGGACAACGACAAUUACUUUGUCUUAUUCGAGCUCUUUUACAACGGAAUCGCAUAAUGAUAUUGGACGAAGCUACUGCAAAUAUGGACCAUCAAACUGAUUCACUGAUUCAGGAAACAAUUAGAAAAGAGUUUAAAGACUGUACUGUCCUAACUGUAGCUCAUCGACUAAAUACAAUAAUCGACAUGGACAAGAUCAUCUUAUUGGACGCUGGUCAAUUGAUUGAAUAUGGAGAACCAUAUUUACUCUUGAAAGAUGAAAAUAGUCACUUUAAAUCAUUAGUUUCUAAAACUGGCCUUCAUAUGCUAAAAUGUUAUUCACUAUUGCUGAAAUCUUAUCUAAUGAAACAUCCAUCACAAUCUGAUGAAGAAUUGAAAUCUUAAUUGAUUAAUCUUAAAUUACAUGUAAAACCGAAAAGUAUCUCCAACAAUAAUCAACAAUUAGAAUAAACAAACUCGAAGGUUAUAACUAUUAAC